AUGGACGACCCUCUACAUCGUAUGCCAAAGACUCGCAAAGUCCGCAAAGGAACACGGAGCUGCUGGGAAUGCAAGCGGAGAAAGGUCAGAUGCUCGCUGUCAUCGAGCAGUGAUAAUGCCGCGAUAUGUGUCGCUUGUCGUCGACGACGAACUCCCUGUGUUGGUCAAGAGUUUUUUGAAGACUCUGCUCCCUCGACUCCUGCGUCUCUGAUGGCUCGAACUUCUCCUGUACAUAGUACGGAAUCGUCUGGCCUUUUAACACCGAUAUCUUGUAGUUCCGUUAUAGAAGAAACUCGUUUAUUUCCGCAUUCACAUAAAUAUGCCGAUAUAUCCAGAAAACUGCAUGAUGUGCUCCCUUCUCGACACGACAUGGAAAUCAUAUGGAAAGCGUCGUCAUUGUGGCCAUUAAUUAUGUCUCAAAUGGAUACACGGCCCCGAAGUGAUUUCGUCACUGAUGAGGAGCAACUAAGACGAGAGUUCGCUAACUUGCCUGAAAAGGAUGCACAUCCAACCACCAUAGGAAGAUACCUGCUCUUGUUAACCCACGUGCUACAAGAAAUCCGCGACACAAAUCGAAAUUUCGCGAUUUCAGAGCCAGUUCCGACCGUCAUAAACCGGAUAUUGAGCGCGGUGAACAGCCUUUUAUUGUCGAACGAGUGCCUAAGUGGCAGUAUUGAAGGCAUUCGUUGCAUCCUUCUCGAGGGAAUGCAUCAUGCGAAUAACGGCAAUGCUCGGCUUGCCUGGUUGCGAUUUCGUCGAGCUCUGAAUCUAGGUCAAUUACUCGGCAUUGAUCGGCUUGACUCUCCUAUAUUAGCAGGCAGCAGCAAUUCGACUCAAAGUUUGAAAUCACAGUACCUUUGGUUUCGGGUGGUCUACUUUGACUCCUUCUACUCCAUGAUUCUGGGAGUCCCUCAAGGCUGUGCAGAUCCAACUACGAGAUCAAAGUUCCCAUUCGCCCAUUUGUCGGGGCUAACUCCUCUUGAACGAACCCAUGUGCAAGUUGUGAUUCGAAUUAUUGAGCGAGACAGGAGGUUUUCAUUUGCAGAAGAGUUCGAAAUAACUCGCGAUAUCAACAAUCAGCUGCUCGAAGGGGCUCGGGACUUACCAAGCACAUUUUGGCUGCCAUUCUCUCCAGAUGCCACCUCAAAUGACAGACUGUCCCCUGAUGCCGAAUGCAAAGAAAUAAUGAAGCUCGUGGAUGUCCUAAAUCACUUCACCCUGCUCACUCAACUCCAUUUGCCCUACAUUCUCUACCCAAGUCCUCGUAACACAAGCUAUGAUUACUCUAAAUCUGCUUGCGCCCAUGCCACUCGAGAAAUUCUUCUUCGAUUCACCAUGCUUUUAAACGUGAAGCGGAUUCAAUUUUAUUGCAAGCGAAUCGACUAUUUUGUAUUGAUCGCAGCUACGACUCUCCUGCUCAUUUAUCUCGACGAUCACAGCCAAUCCGACAAAACGUCUCAUUUUACACUCACGGAACACCAGCGUCUCAGCGACCGCGCUAUAAUAAAACGAACUCUCAGUCUUUUGGAGAAUUAUUCUUCUGAAGGAUUUGAAGAAUCGCAUGGCAAAGGGCUAAACUUGCUGCUCUGUCUGCUUAGUUUAGAGGCAGAUGCAGCCGCGGGCCAGGCUUUUUUUGUAUUGGCCGACAUGAACAAGGAUCAUCACCAUCAGCAGCAGAAAAAUGCCAGGGAUUUUGAUAACCAAAGUACUGGUAAUACCAAGGACUCGGUAGCAAUCAAUCUUCCAUACCUUGGGGUAGUUAAAAUCACUAGACAAGCUGGGAACCGUCCAGAAACGACGGAUUCGUCACAGCUGGUUUAUCCGUCAAACGACAAUCUUGUCUCGAGUCCAGAGACGGGUAAUAUUUUGUCCAAUACAUAUAGUCAUCAAGAUUUGGGAACAACUACUCACUUAGAUUGGCUGUCGUUCCCGGAUCUAGACUUGGCCUUUUUUGAUAGCUUGGUAACGGGGGAAAAUAUGGAUCUUCUGACGAGAAAUCAAUUAUAA